AUGAAACGUUCAGAGAAAGUCGCGGUGAUCGGGGUGUUUCGGGCCUUGUCGCGGCGCGUGAACUCCACGAAAGCCACAAUGUUGUCGUUUUCGAGCAAACGACGUCGUAGGAGGAAACUGGGUCUACGACUCGCGAACCGAGUCCGACCCUCUCUGUAUGGACCCGAACCGAGACACGAUCCACAGCAGCGUCUACGUGUCCCUCCGAACCAACCUCCCCAGGGUGCUCAUAUGCUUCAGGGACUUCCCUUCCCUGAGGUCCGGGGACGACCCGAGGACGUUCCCGGUUCAGUUCCGAGGUUCGAGUGGAGAGAAGAGGAGGAAUGGGUAGUGGAGUCGUUGGUUCGGGGAUCUGGUUCGGUGAGCCGGGAAGUGUUCGAAGCGAAUGUGUUGUGUUCGGGACACAACUCUACUCCGAGAAUUGCAGAAAUUGCAGGCAUCGAACUGUGGAGAGGGUUCCAAAUGCAUAGCCAUAACUACCGUGUACCUGAACCUUUUCGCGACCAGGUACUUUCACGUUGA